AUAUUUUAAAGUAUUUUUUGUCAGUUUCAUUAGUUUUUUAUAAAAGAUUUUAUUGUUUUUUGGUUAUAACUCUGAUCCAAAUCAAAUUCAGAAAGCAACAAACUAAACUCUACCCAAAAAUUAGUAAAACCUGAAUGAAAUUUACAAACAUAGUACCAAAAAUUCUAAUCACCCGAACCGAAUCGAACCCAAAACACUGAGCCUAUGUCCUUUGUUUAGGCUUAUCUCCUUUGUUUGGGCUCAGAAACUUAAUAUUUUCUUUAUUUGAACUAUAGCCCAACAGAAGAUCCAAACAAACAAACAAACAAAAAUAUUCGAAACCUCUUAGAGGGUUUAAAAAGGUCUUGUCGGAACCAGAUAGAAUCUCCCUCUCUCUCACCGUAAAACCAUUUCUUCAGAGAUUGAUUAAUGUAGCGUUUCGUAUUAUGCUCGCGAGAUCAAAGCUUGCUCUACACCUGAGCAGAAGAAGAUCACACCCUCUCCCUCCACCCUCCCGUUACCUUAGCAGCAGCAACGGCGAUGAUCAAAACGAUGCCUCCUCCUCCGAUUCAGCCAACGAAUGGGAGAACCUUCUCAAACCCUACGACCUCUCCUCCCUCUCAACCUCCCUCCCCAAGAUCACACCUUCGCAGCUCUCCACCCUCCUCUCCCUCCCUCUCGACGUCCCCACCUCCCUCGCCCUCUUCUCCCGAACCGGCUCCCAACCGGGCUACCGCCACACCUUCCUCUCCUACCAAUCCCUAAUCCGCAAGCUCGGAUCCCAAUCCCAGUUCGAAGCCAUCGACACGCUCCUCCUCCAGAUGAAAGACGAAGGAAUCUGCUUCAAAGAAUCGAUCUUUAUCUCCAUCAUGAGAGACUACGCCAGAUCUAAUCUCCCAGGGCAGACCAUUCGGCUGCUCCUGGAGAUGCGGAGCGUCUUCUCCUGCUCACCCACUUUCAGAUCUUACAACGUGGUCCUAGAGAUUCUGGUCUCCGCAGGUUGUUACAAAGUUGCAGCCAACGUGUUCGACGAUAUGCUCAGCAGAAGAAUCCCCCCGACGCUUUUCACUUUCGGUGUCGUGAUAAAAGCGUUAUGUGCCAUUAACGAGAUUGAUUCGGGUUUGUCUUUACUUAGAGACAUGACGAAACAUGGGUGUGUCCCCAACUCGGUUAUCUACCAGACGCUUAUACAUUCUUUAUCGAAGUGUAGUAGAGUGAACGAAGCGCUUCAGCUUCUUGAAGAGAUGCUUUUGAUGGGAUGUGUGCCUGACGCUGAGACGUUUAACGAUGUUAUCUUUGGGCUUUGUAAGUUUGAGAGGAUUAAUGAAGCGGCGAAGAUGGUGAAUAGGAUGUUGAUGAGAGGGUUUGCUCCUGAUGAUAUAACGUAUGGUUAUUUGAUGAAUGGGUUGUGUAAGAUAGGGAGGGUUGAUGCUGCUAAAGAUCUGUUUAGUAGAGUUCCGAAGCCGAGUAUUGUGAUCUUCAACACUCUUUUUCACGGGUUUGUGACUCAGGGGAGGCUUGAUGAUGCUAAAUCUCUUUUGUCUGAUUCUCAUGGUCUUGUUCCUGAUGUCUGCACGUUUAACUCGUUGAUAUAUGGAUACUUGAAGAAGGGUCUUGUAGGCUUAGCUUUAGAGGUUUUUCGCGAUAUGGGGGUUAGAGGAUGUAAGCCUAAUAUAUUCUCUUAUACCAUCUUCUUUGAUGGUUUCUGCAAGUUAGGACGGAUAGAUGAAGCCUUCGAUGUUCUGAGAGACAUGUCUGCUGACGGGUUGAAACUCAACACUGCUGGUUACAACUGUUUGAUAUCCGCUUUGUGUAAAGAGCAUCGAGUCACGGAAGCCAUCGAUGUUUUUAAAGAGAUGCCGAGUAAAGGGUGUAAGCCUGACGCGUAUACGUUCAAUACGAUGAUAGCUGGACUCUGCGAGGUCGAUGAGAUCGACCACGCCUUGUGGCUGCACAGAGACAUGAUCUCAGAAGGUGUAGUUGCCAACACUGUUACUUACAAUACAUUGAUCAAGGCGUUUCUUAGAAGAGGGGAGAUCAAAGAAGCUCGUAAGCUGGUUAGCGAGAUGGUUUUCCAGGGCUCUCCGCUUGACGAGAUAACGUAUAAUGGUCUUAUAGAAGGCCUGUGCAGGGCCGGGGAGGUUGAUAAGGCGAGGAGUUUGUUCGAGAAGAUGUUGAGAGACGGGGUUGUGCCGAGCAACAUCUCCUGCAACAUACUUAUAAACGGGCUGUGCAGGAACGGGAAGGUGGAGGAAGCGGUUGAGUUUCAGAGAGAGAUGGUUCACAGGGGGACCACGCCGGACAUUGUGACGUUUAACAGUUUGAUAAACGGUCUGUGCAGGGCUGGGAGGAUUGGUGAUGGUGUGGCGAUGUUUGAGAAGCUUCGGGAUGAAGGGAUAUGGCCUGAUGCGGUGACGUAUAACACUUUGAUGAGUUGGUUGUGCAAAGGAGGUUUUGUUGAGGAUGCUUGUUUUCUUCUGGAGGAAGGUGUUGAAGAAGGUUUUGUUCCGAAUUUUAGAAGUUGGUCCAUUUUGUUGAGGAGUCUUGUUCCUCAAGAAACGUUAGAUAGACAUAGAUUUUAUGAAGUGGUUCUCUGAAGUUAAAUGAUUAACUGUUGAGUUAAUGUAACUGUGUAUGUGUGUGAUCUUGUGGUUUUUAUUCAACUAAAUGUCCAUUGGGCUACUAUUAAGGACAUAAGGCCCAUAUUUUACUCUAUUUUCUCAUUGAGCUUUGCUUAUCAGUAGAAAUAUAAAUGUUGUAUUUCAAUUAAUUAAGAGGCAUGUUAUACUUUUCCUUAAUUAAAUUACAGAUCAAUACUAUUAAAAAGGAAUGAGUUUUAAUAAAUCUACUUAAAAAGAUUGUUUGGACCCUUUUAUUAACUAAUGAUAUUUUGGUUUUAUUUUGAUUUGGAUAAACAAUAUAUUACCUUAAAUUUUUCUAACAAUCAUUUAGUCAAAACUUUUAUUUAUUAGACUCAUAUUUUUUUUGUAAAUGAAAGGAUUAUACCAUAUAUAUACGACCACAUAAAUUUGGUUCACAAAAAUAUAAUAUCACGUACAGUACUUUAUUAUACUCUUCUCUAAAUAUGUCUCAUUAACUUCAUAAUUAAGAUAAGUUUAAAAAUUAUAUAUUAUGUUAAUUUUAUUUUAUUGAUAAAUAACAAUUUAGUAUUUAAGAUAAGUUUAAAAUUAUUAAAAACCCAACAAAUCUUUUUUUUACUGCUCAAUAAAAAACCUACAAAUCUAUACUAUUAAAUUAGCCAAAAACUUCUCAAAUAAAUCUUAAGUUUCACCAACUGAACAAAUGUAGCUUUUAUAAAAUGCACAAAAAUAUAAUGAAAUGUUAGAUUUGGGCAUUCGGAUCUUCGGGUCAAAUAUAAAUCGGUUUCUUUCAGGUCCAAGUUCUUUGGGUCUUGGGCAUUUAUAUCCAACUAGGUAUUUGAAUUUUAUUUUUUGUUCAGAUCGGUUCCUUUUAGUUCCAGGUCAGUUUGAGUCAAUAAUUCAAGUAUCUGUAAAAUUUACUAUGUAAUUUGGCUACGUAACGAGUCUAGCUCGGUUCGAGUAUUUAGGAGAAAAAAUUCUAAAGAAUCUGAAAAUUCAAAAAAUCAAAACACGAAAAAUACCCAAAAUUAAACAAA